UUCAAAGCCAGUUAGAGACCUUUCACUACCCUCUUUUACAACAGUACUUUUUUGCAAAAGUUAGCAGCAUUACAUGGAGUGCAUCAAUAACCCUACCUCUUGUGAAGGGUCAUCAUCAUCUUCCAAGCACCCCAACAAGAGCAAUAGGGAGAAAAAAGGUGUGAGGAAAAGUAACAAAGGAGGAGGAGGAGGAGUGAGGCUUUCCACUGAUCCACAAAGCGUGGCAGCCAGAGAAAGAAGGCACAGAAUCAGUGACAGGUUCAAGAUCCUUCAGAGCAUGGUCCCUGGUGGGAGCAAGAUGGACACUGUUUCCAUGUUGGAGUGUGCCAUUCACUACGUCAAGUUCCUCCAGACAGAGAUUUUGCUCCACCAAGCAUUGAUAGACUUUGUAGAUGUUGAUCAUCAUGAGUCUCCACUGUUCCUCCCCGCAGAGUAUAAUAAUUUCCCUGAUGAACACUCCAAUAUUUCCCUUCAGCAAAACCCUUCUUCAGUUUCGGUGCAUUCUCAUCAUCAUCAGCAGAGUUUACCACAGCUACCACUGUCACAGUGCUACUUUCAAGGUGAAGAAGAUUUUAACACCUUUGAUGCCAUCAUGCCACCAUGAAAUAUUUUGGCCAGCUUAGUGUAUUGUCUUGUUUACAUGACUUAUGUGAAUGUGAUGUUCAGUUCUUUAUUUAGUAAUGUAGUGUUAAUAUAGUAUUAGCUGUGAACUUGUAAUGGUUAAACUGCUACAUCUUAUGUGAGUCACUUAGCAGUAUUAAUGUGUAGAUCAUGCAUGUGAUUUAGUUCUUGCAUGUUAGUGUCUUUCUCUAUUUUCACAAGUACUCGCUAUUCUUAGGUCAU